AUGGGGGCUUGGUCACAUGAACCUUUUGGAAACGAUAAUGCUUGCGAUUGGGCAUAUGGACUCAAAGACAAGUCGGAUUAUUCCACAAUCGAAGAAGCGUUUGAUCAAAUUAUUAAGGCAAAAGCCACGGAAGAAUACUUAGAUGCCGAUUACAGCACCGAGGCUAUCGCAGCAGCAUAUGCAUUGGUGAAAGCAUCCGGAAAGUCAACUGCAGAAGAUGCUUACACCAACCAUGUUGAUGAAUGGGUGAAGAGAGUUCAAGAGAAGCCUUCAGUGGAAUUGGUGAAUAAGGCCCAGAUUGCGUUGAAUUUGGCCCUCACCGAAGACUCAGAACUUUACGAGUUGUGGGCGGAAACAGAAGAUCUCGGCGUAUGGAAAGAGACCGUUACGGACUUGAUUGAAAAGUUAAAGUGA